AAUAGUUUAUAAAUGUUUUUUAACAUUUAUUUUUUGAUAUUAAAAUUCAUCAAUUGAGACAAUAUAAAUUGUCAUAAAGAACUACUGUCAAACUCCAAAAAUAAAAAAAAAAAAAAACAAAAAUAUAACGUGAAUAUUAGUUGUUUUCAACAAGUUUUGAUGAAUUUAAUAAUUUUUAUAAUUAUUUAUUAUGAAAUACUGUUAAUAACUAAUGAUUAACGUAAUUUUUUUUUUUUUUUUUUAAUUGUAAUUUUUUAAGUAAAAAACAUAACCUCACUUGAAUAAAAAUCAAUAGUUGUUGAACACAAUCUUGACAUGAACACUUUGAAAAUAAUUUAUGGUCAAAAUAUGCAUAAUGCCAAGUACGGUGGUUCUAAGGGUGGUUACUCCUCGUCAACUGUGUCGUCAGAUGGACGUUACGAAGGACGAAUGCGAGAUUCACCAAAUGGUAAUUCAUACAGUCCAGCUGGUGGAAUGGGUAUGGGUAUGGCUGUCGAUCGUGAUAGCCCUAGAAGUUAUCCAUCAAAACCAUUAUACAAAAAGGAGAGAGAAAAUAGAGACUACAAAAUACCCUCUUCUAGGGACAAAUAUUCCGAUUGUGCACGAUCUCCAAAGGACAAGAGAAAUCGAGACAGUCGGGAUUCUGAGCACAGGACCAACCAUGAUAGGAGUGGAAACGAGAUAUUACAUCCCAUAAAAUUGACAUCAAAUUCAUCAAGGGAUUCAUCUCUACGAAAAUCAGUAGCACACAAUUCUUGUCAGGAUAAAAGAGUUGAUGAACGAGGUGGUACAAGUAGUGGAAUAACAAGUAGUGGUGGUGGUAGUAGUAGUGGCACUGGUACUGGUGGUGCAGGUAGUAGUACUGGUGGUACUGGAGGUGGUGUUAUGGAAAGAACAGCUAGAUUUGGCGACUGGUCAGAGCAUAUGAGUUCGUCUGGUAAAAAGUAUUACUACAAUUGCAAAACAGAAGUAUCACAGUGGGAAAAACCACGUGAAUGGAUUGUACGAAAUGACAACAAUAAUAGACAACGUCAAUCAAAUGAUUAUUCAUCUAGGUCAAGUCAUGAUAAACAUUCCAACUCGCGUUCAAAUAGCAGUGGCAAUACUCGUGACAAUAAAUCAUCACGACAAUCAGACAAACGUGAAUAUUGGGCAUCAUGUAGCAGUGGAAGUAGUGGAAACAUUGGUGGUGGUAGUAGUAAUAAUGUUGGUGGUAAUAGUGGUAUUGGCAGUGGUAGUGGUAAUGGUAGUGGUGGAAGUUGUAGUAGUGGAAGUAGCAGUAGCAAAGAUGAAAUUGCAACACGUGAACAACGUGAACGUGAUAGAGAACGUAUUGUACGUGAUCGUGAAAGAGAACGUGAACGUGAUAUUCGUGAUCGUGAACGUUCUGAUUCACGUGAACAACGUGGUGAACGUGAUAGAAAUGAUAAUUCUAUACAUGAACAAGAUAUGGGUAUUGAACGUCAAGCACAAGAUAUGGAUAUAUCACCAGGUGAUUCAACACCAACAUCCGAGCCAUUAAAUUCAAAUAUUAAUGAUAAUAAUAUUUCACAAGGACCAGUUUUACUUGCAACAGCAUUACCAAGAUUAACAUCACAACCACCAUCAACACCACAAACACCACAAUCACAUUGUAAAAUUGGUAAUUCACCACCAACAUCAACACAACAAAAUAAUGCAAAUUCCGGACCUGGUCCACCUGUUACACUUGCUAAUUUACCAAGAAUAUUAUCACAAAUUACUGGAACUAAAGAACAAACAGAUAUAACACCACAAAAAGCAUUACAAACUAUUCAAACAGCAAUUUUUCUAUCUCGACAAUCAAGUAGUAAUGAUAGAGCGGGAAGUAGUAAUGAUUUAAUGGCACCCUUAAAAGUGGAUACCAGUGGAAAUAUACCUCUUACGAAUGAGGGACCACCAACACCAACUCAUUCAGAAACUCAAGAUUGCAUUGAUGCCAGAAAAUCAAGUCCUGGUGCAAUUAAUUCCAGUGUUCAGGGUAUAUGCUCACUUCAAGGAAUAAGCACAUUUGGUACACUAAGUAGUCUUGGUAAUGGAGGUGGUUUACAAGCAUUGUCAAGAGUUCAACCACCUUUGACACCCUCGUUAACACCAUCACUUGCAAAUCAUUAUAGGGAAGAUUUAACGCAACAUGUACGUGCAUUUCCUGCUGAUAUUCUUGAAAAACAGGCCCAAAAACUUGGUGAAGAAGCACAUACCAUGGGCAGUUUGCAGUGUACACGAGUAUCUGCAGAGCUCAAAACUGCUCGAUCAAUAGUGAGGCUGACCGAAAUUCAGGCAACACUACAAGAGCAAAGGAUAUUAUUUCUUCGCCAACAAAUACAAACAUUGGAGGAGCUGAAAUCCCAAAAUUCCUUCAUGUCUGAUGAUUCUUAAUUUAAUAAACUUUAUAUAAAUAAAAAAAAAGUAAUAUAGAUUCUUUGGUGAGAAUCUAAUAAAAAAAUAAAAAAAAAAUUUAAUUCAUAAUUAUCUACAAUUCUAUAACUAAAUUUCAUGCAAGCAAACAAACUUUUUAACAGCGAGAAAUAAAAUAUAAUUAAUAAUAAUAUUCUCAUUAAUAUUUGAUGAUAAUUAAGAUUGUACCUAAAUUAUAAAAAAAAAAAAUGUCAUUUUAAUAGAAGUGAUAUAAUAAUAAUUAAAGAGAAGAAUGGGAAAAAACAAAUGAUAAAGCGAAUGAUGAUUGGGCUGACCCAGAGAGAAAGAGAACAUGAAUUUUCAUUGCUUUAAUAUUAUAAAUUUUUUCAUUAAUCAUUAACAAUCAUCAUCACUAUCAUUAUUUCAUUUUUCACAUGUUUUUUUUUUUUCUAGAUUAAUUGUUAUUAUUAAUAUUUAAUUACAAUAAUUCAAAUAAUAUUAAAAAAAUUUUUUUUGUGUUCAUAUUUAAUAGAAAAAAAUUAAAUUUUUUUAGUAAUAUUUUUGCACUCUCUGGGGAAGCACAAGAGGCCUAUUCACAAAUUAAUCAUUGAAUGUAGAAAAAUAAAAAAUGGACGAUACAAAAAUUUAAAAUAAUGAAAAAAAAAAAAAAAAACUUUAAAUAAUGACUUGACCGAAACCAGUCAUGUCAAUUUGUUUGAAAAAAAAAAACAAACAAACAAAUGAACUUGUACUGAAAACUUGUAUAUCGAAUUGUCUUUGUAUUAUUAUUAUUAUUAUCAUUAUUAUUAUUAUUAUUACCUAUGUUGUACGUGUCAAUGUUUCAUACCCU